UAUCUUAAUCCCCUGUGUAUCUCUCUCUCUCUCUCUAUCUAGCUUCUCUGAACUUAAAAGAGCCAACGAAACAAGACUCAUAGAGUAAUCUCAACUCUCGUUCAUUUGUUGUUGUUUCCGGCUAUGAGGAUUGUACGUGCGACAGAGACGUUCUCCGCGGAUCUUAAGGAGUUCAUGUGCGCCACUGUGCAAAGGAGGAGAGACGACGACGGAUUUGGAGGCUCUCGAGGUGGUGGAGGUAAAUCAAGAAAUGCGAUGGAUCUGGAUUCUGACGCUGGAAACAGAUUGGUGUGUGUUACUGGUGGUGUAUCUUACCUCGGUCGUGCGAUUGUUAAACGGCUUCUUGUUCAUGGAUACUCUGUAAGAAUCGUCGUUGAUUGUCCAGAGGAUAAAGAGAAAGUGAGUGAGAUGGAAGCUGACGCUGAAAUGGCAUCGUUUAACAACAGGAUUACGUCAGUGGUUUCACGGUUAACAGAGAUCGAGAGUUUGAUUAAAGCGUUUGAUGGUUGUGCUGGUGUUUUCCACACCAGCGCGUUCGUGGAUCCCGCUGGAAUCGCAGGAUACUCGAAAUCAAUGGCGGAAUUAGAAGCAAAAGUGAGCGAGAGUGUAAUAAAAGCGUGCACAAGAACGGCGUCAGUGAGAAAAUGUGUCUUCACAUCAUCUCUCUUAGCAUGUGCUUUGCAAAACAGUUCCUUCAACAAUCUUGAUCACUCUGUUAUCAACGAGGAGAGCUGGAGCGAUGAACAACUCUGUAUCGAUAAUAAGUUCUAA